AUGCUUCCGCUGACUCUUCUAAGCACUGCGCAGAAUCACCCCAUGUUGGUUGAGCUGAAGAACGGUGAAACUUACAACGGCCAUCUCGUGACUUGCGACAACUGGAUGAACAUCAUCCUUAAAGAUGUGAUCUGUACCUCUCGUGAAGGAGACAAGUUUUGGAAGAUGCCGGAAUGCUACAUCAGAGGCUCUUCCAUAAAAUAUCUUCGCAUUCCUGACGAAGUUAUUGAACUCGUGAAAGAAGAAGUUGUUUCCAGAAACCGUGGUCGAGGUGGUAUGGGUCAAGGACGAGGAAGAGGUGGUCCACCUAGAGGAGGCUUCGGAGGCCGAGGUGGCCCACGUGGUCGUGGUGGAUCGGGUGAUUCUCGUCAGAAUAAGGGACCUAGUAGAGGCCGAUGA